AUGUUCGAAAUUUUGCAGGAAUUCAGAAUCACAAUUGUGCGUUAUCAUUUUGAUAACAAGAAAAAUACUCGGCCUUCUCCGCCCCGCGACAAUACGAGGCCCAGAGGCCAGUUCGGCCAGACGACUGCUCGACCCAAGGACAACACACCUCUGGACAAUGAAUCCAUUGCUCUUGGCCAGUCUUCAUGUUUAUCAGCCACUUACAAUACACAAUCCCGAUACAUUUCAAGCUCUUCAUGGAAAUCUACGGUUCUUGGCACCGAUAGCUCAGACAGGAGUUCAUUUCCAGACGGUUUGUCUACUUUGCCCCCCGACCCCCCGAUUACUUUAUCUGCGUAUGAUUCCACAUCUAGCACAGACGCAUCAGUUAUCGUCAUAUUGAACCUAGUCAGACUUGGCGAGGUUCAUAGGCUGCUUUCCUGGUACCAACAACACUGCCAGUUGUGGUAUCCAGUGGUUAACAUGCCGAAGAUUUUCAACAUUGUAGAGAAUCUGGAGAAUCAACCAAAUCACCCAGAAAGCCUAUGGUCGCUGGUAUCUGCAAUUUGCUACUCUGCUGCAUGUUCCAAUGAUGCUUGCGGUGACCCUACUAUUUCCAAUUUUUCAACGUUGUCAUGGAAAGACUUGUCACUCUGCCUGCUUUCGACCUCUGGUUAUCCUCUCGACCUGAAUGAAGACUCCAUCCGGGCCGCUAUCCUGUUAGCAGUGCCCACUAUAACAGAAAGCGAUUGUCAUCCGAACCCAGAACCAAUUUGUACACUUUUACGGGCCUCUCAGUCUCUCGGCUUGCACCGUGAUCCUUCAUGCUUUAAGCUCUCCCCUCAUGAAUGUGAUGCUCGUCGCGUGCUUUGGUGGUCAAUUCACACCUUGGAUCUCUGUUACUCACUUGCCCAUGCACUGCCUCCCUUGAUACACAGUACUAAAUUUGACGUUCAUGAAUUAUCAGAGGAGGGUGGUCUAAACCGCGGGCUUAUGAGCACUUUGUCCCGCAUCAACCCAUUACUGAUAAACAUUCUCGACGAGAUAUAUGGUAUAUCAGUGCCAACAGAAGACGACGUCCGUCGUCUAGACGAGGAAGUCAUGAGUAUAUGCACUAGUGAGAUAUCGAAGUCCCGAUCUCGGUCGACGGAAAGCACGACCAAGUUCGUCGGAAUCAGCCAGAGGCUUUGUUGUUGGAAAGUGAUAUAUAUGCUACAUCAGCCAUAUUUGCGAACAGAAGAGUGGCCCCGAAGCUCAAGAACCAAGGCACUUGACGCUUCUCGAAAUUACAUCAACGAAUUCAUCGCGGCCACUGUAGACCCGGAACUCAAGCCAUACAAAUGGGUUUUGAACCAUUUCAAUGCGAUUCAUUCCUGUGCAAUACUACUCCAAGAUUUGGUCCAAUACCCCAACUCUGCGGAAUUUUUCGACCUUCGGCAGGUGGUGGAAACCUGCUUCGAAGUCUUCUCCACCGAGCCAGGGACAGACUGGCAAAAGCUACAGGAGCUCCGUAUGAAAGCUUGGGCUUCGAACCAAUGGUCCUUUGGUGAGCCACCACUUGAUGGCUAUCUUGACUCUCUUGCAAGCCUCUCGGACUGGGACCCAUGGUUUGCUUCCUUGAACUUUGGCGAUAUAUUGAGCAAUUCUCGCCCUGAAGAUUUGUCCAGCAUAUGA